AUGCAGCGACCACCUCUUAUCCCUCAACCCGUGUAUCUCCACGUCCAAUGCAACAUGGACGCCUCGUCUGUCAUCACCGAGCACACCGAACUUACCGAACCUGUGCUCGGUCCUGGGAUGUGGCGCAAGCCACUCUGGACGCCGUUUCGUGGCGUCAGCUCGGCCCGCUUCACAAGACGCCACAGCAAGACGGAUGGGACCUUUCCCUCAAAUAUCGCUGUUCCCCUCGAAUGA